AGUUUCACCGGCCCUUUUGACCUGUAUAAGCUAUACGAAUAUUGGAGAGGGGUUCAAGACGGCCAACAGACAUGGCUUCAGCAGAGUUUGCUUCCCACGUCAGGCCUCGGCUGGACCAGAUAUCGCAGGUCCUAUCCAAUGAACUCGCAGCUCCGUCACUUUCCCUCGAGGCCUUGCUGGACUUUUUCCUUGCAGUCUAUACCGACUGCAAAACAGCAGCUAGCAGUCAAACUGGGCACAUGGCUGCUUUUGUUCACAAAUAUGAGAAGCUAAUGACGAGACUACAAGCGCUACGAAUAAACACCGCUGAUUUUGAUAUUGUGAAAACGCUGGCCACAGGCGCUGUUGGAAGGGUUUGUCUGGUGAAGUAUAAGCCAACAAGAAAGGUUUAUGCCAUGAAGAUACUGAAGAAGACAGACUUGCUGACCCGUCAAGAAGCAGGUUUUUUCAUGGAAGAGCGUGAUGCUUUGGUGUUUGCAAAGGCAUCGGAGUGGAUUACAACAUUAUAUGCGGCUUUUCAAGAUGAGGAAAAUCUGUACCUUGUCAUGGAGUAUGCAUCGGGAGGAAGCUUGCGAUCUCUACUGAAUAAUCGCGAAGAAGUAAUGCGGGAAGAGGAUGCUCGCUUUUAUAUUGCGCAAAUUCUUCUCGCCUUGGAUGAGCUGCAUAAGCACAACUUCAUACACCGUGAUGUCAAACCGGAAAACUGCCUUAUCGACCGAUCCGGUCACCUCAAACUCGCCGAUUUCGGCUCAUGCAUUCGAAUGGACGAUGCUAAAGCAGUAACAUCACAUCAAACAGUCGGAACACCAGACUAUAUAUCACCCGAAAUUCUCCGCGCACACGAAGGAAAUUCAACAUAUGGAAGAGAAUGUGACUGGUGGUCAUUAGGUAUCAUACUGUAUGAGCUCCUAUAUGAUGAAGUACCGUUCUAUUCCGAAUCGUUGAUGGAAACAUACGGCAAGAUUAUGGAUCACGAGAAACAUUUUGCGUUCCCUGAAGAUAGCGACGUUUCAGAAGAAGCAUUAGACUUGAUGAGAAGGUUGAUUUGCAAGAAGGAAACUCGGUUAGGACGUCAAGGAAGUCAGGAGAUCCAAGGACAUCCGUGGUUUAAAGGAUUUGACUGGAGCGCGGUCCGAAACAUGACGCCACCGUUUAUCCCCGAGCUAAGUGGGCCUGAUGAUACGAGGUACUUUGAGGACGAGGAAGAUGAGAGCAAGAAAGUGACAAAGAAAACCCUGGUGAAAACGAAGGAGUUCACUGGUCAGCAUCUUCCAUUCGUGGGGUACACGUACGUCCAGGAUGCUAUCCCAGCCAUUUCAUGGCAAGUAUCACUCCAUACCGGCCAUGAAGGGCAUUUGGCGGCAAUGGGCAAGCGAAGUUCUUCGCGAUCACUCUCCGGAGGUGAUGCCGAUGCUCUUCGACAGCAAAUCCAUGAUCUUACAGUAGCAAAGCAAACUUCCGAAGAUGAAAUAAAAGCUCUUCGUCAACAGCUGGCCGGGUCACUGUCGAAGCAAUCCGACCUUCAAAACUUGGUCACGGCGCUCGAAAAGAAAAAAGAGAUGGCGGACGCAACUUUGGAACAGCUGCGAUCAACGCGAGAUGGACAUGCGCGGGAGCGGGAGGACUUGCAGAGGUCUUUGGAUCGUUUAAAGCACUCCCUGGAUAGCGAGAAAAAUGACAAAGCAGAGUUGCAGAGCGCUCGAGAUGCCAAUUUGCGCAUGGAGAGAGAGCUUGAAAACUUGCGUGCUCAGAUCAAACAGGCCAACGAGGAGAUUAGGCAACAGUCUGCUGCUGCGGCUGAUAUUACAAAGAGCAAGGCUUGCUUAGAAGUGGAAGUGGACAGAUUAUUGAGGAAGCUGGAAGAGGAGCGGAAUGCACGAGACGCCGCAAUGACACGAGCGAACACUGCUGAAGCUAAUCUUAUCAUAUCCAUGGAAAAGCUUGCAGAUGCUGAGACCCAGAGGUUAGGUGCUGAGCUUAAGCGAGAGUUAGCAGCUCGGUCAGAUGCCGAAAAGAAGACGGCUGUUUUGGAAGACCAAAUAACGGCGCUCUGUAAAGAACUGGAGACAAGCAAAGCAGAACUGCAAAAGCAGAUAAGAUCCGCACAGCACGCCAUAAACUACGAAAGCUUGUACUUUGAGGCUCAGUCGUCUAUUGAAGAGCUACAUAAGCAGUUGACUGAGGCAAAGUCAUCGCACAAAACUUUUGCCGAUCGAAACGGCCACUUGAAGGAGGACCUCGACCGUUUAAAAGUAACUCUAGAGGAAGCUAAUCGUGCACUGGAAAGGGAAUGUUCGCGCUAUAACGAAUGCAAGGUUGACUACGAGGCACUCGAGCAGCGCUACGCAACCGAACAGCAAUAUCGGAAAACGUUGGAAGCAGAGAAUGCAGCUCUCCAAAGUGCUGUGAAACUGGCGGAGGAGAAAAUGAAUUCGGAAGCCUUGCGCAUAGACGAGUUGGAGCAAUCAUACGCAGAGACUCAGAGGGGCAAGGACGAGAUGGAGACACAAUGCAGUUUGUUAGAGACCAAAAUCCGCAAUCUCAUUGAACGAAUACACGAGCUGGAACAAACAUGCUCAGCGCUGCAUCAUCAGUUGGAAAUGGGAGACGACAGUGCUACACGGAUGUCGGACAGUGCAAGAUCUGACCACAAAAUGACAAGAUCACCAGAAAAGCAUCAGGCAAGGUCAAAGAGUGGCUGGCGGAACAUGCUUUUCCGGACAAACAGCCAGCCCUUGAAGACUGACCAUUCCCGGUCAAACUCCCAAUCCCCACUCUCGCCCGAAAGGGAAGAUGAUAGUACCAAGAUAUUGGAGUAUGGUCUUAGUCGUCGACUCAGCACUACAUCUUCAAGCUUUUCAUUAAAAUCCGGUCAGACCAAGGCUUCUGAUGUAGUUCCGGUAGAGUUUAAUCCAAAGGAGGGCUUGAAGGGUUGGCUGAAAGUACCAAAAGGUGGAAAGGUUAAGAAAGGUUGGAAGCAACGAUACGCGGUUGUGCGCGACUUUAAGAUAUAUAUGUACGACCGGGAUAAAGAUGUGGGGAGCAUCGAAGGAAGUCUCGUCGUCGAUAUAAGAUCCGACAUUUUCAUCGCCAAGGUGGUAGCGCAAAAUGAGCUCAUCCACGCCAACAGCAAGGACAUUGAUUGCAUCCUCAAAGUUCAUGCGGUCAACCAAGAUCAAAUCGGCCAGAUAAGCACACGAGCCACUAGUUCUAUAACCAAUGAAAGCGGCACUGAGCAGAAUGAUACAGUCGCUGUUCAACGAAAGAUCAGCAAGCUAGAUGGAGAAAUAGCACUUGAAGAGAAAAUGUUACAAGCUGCUGAAAAGAUGUGGAGCUUAUCAAGUGAAUUGAACAGAACGACAUUAACAAAUCAAAUUGAGGCAUCCCAAAAUCGUCUUCGCGGAUUACGGCUCGAACAGGACCGGUACAGAUCGCUGCUCCCAUCUGAAGAUCCUUCUACGACGUCAACAUCAUUGGAACAAAGCAGUGAGAUAAUAGAAGAGGACAUUGGAUAUUAUCGCAAAAAACUGGAAACUCAGCUAGCUGAGGAGGAAAGGAAGCGAGAUGGUCUUAUCAAGGUCUCCAACGCUGUUGCGAGAUCAGCAAAUAAACCCCGAACGAGGUCUUCCACCCAAACUCCAGAGCAUGAAUUAGUGGUCGCUGAGCGGAAUGUUGCCAAAAUAAAAGAGGACUUGGAUGCCAUGAAUUCGAAUGAUCAGCAACGGAUAUUGGCGGUGAUUAGAAGAAUAAAAGAAGCCACGGAAAAGUCUGAGAGCUAUGGUCAUGCUUUUAGACUCAGGCAAUAUUACAAGCCUACAGACUGUGCGGUGUGCCACGAACCGCUAUGGGGUAAUAAAAACCAAGGCUUUGAAUGCACCGCUUGUAAGAUGAUCUGUCAUCGAUCGUGCAGAACUUUAAUCGACGUUACCUGCCAAGAAACACAAGCUUUGAAGACAGUGCCGCCUCUCUAUUUCAUGGCCCAGGAUCUGCAAGAUCGUGCUCGAUGGCUUGCAGGACUCGAGUAUUACAGGCGAGAAGCAGACCCUAGGCCUUCAACGAAUCCAACUCCCCUCUCUUUAAACACAUCAAAGUCACUCGCCUCGUUUACCAUACCAGAAUCCCCUUUUCAAUUAGAGUUCCCUUCAUCGAUAGGAAGUGGAAUAUUAACCUCACCUCCGAGCGAUCGUCGCUCCUUAGUGGACAGCAAGUCACGGAAUCCUGUCAACCCUCCCACUCCGCGAUGACGGAGACAAGGGAAGCCAGUGACGGGUCGUGGUGAUCUUUAUGUCGCUUUAUGAGCCUGCACCUACUGAUACGAUCUAGCGAUGCCAUUUAAAUUAGUGUGUUUCUUAAUAUGAUUUGACGAUAUAAAAUG